GUCACUGGGUGUCACUGGCGCUUGGGAACCUGCAGAGGGCAGCACUAGCGGCAGGGCCCCCGGGGAUUGAGGGCCGCACCCAGGAGUGCCGGGGGCGAUGGUGGGGCUGGUGGCGCCCGAGUGCCGGCCCCGCGCCAGCUCCCGGGCACCAGGCCCGUCUCGCUGACCCCCUCGUCCCAGAACCCCGCAGGCCCGAGCGCCUGGGCUCGUCCUCUUUCGCGCCCGCUGCCAGGGCCGGGUGCCAGGGCCGCACAGGCGGGCGGAGGCGGGCAGGAAGCGGCGCGCCGAGGAGCUGGGGACGCUGGGAGCCAGCGGGAGACGCCGGCGUCCGUCCCGCCGACCCCUCCGGGCCGUGGCCAACGGCUCCCGGUACUGGGCAGCCGCGGUGCCCCCUCCUUUUCUCACUGCCCUGGAGACCUGGGUGAUCAUCGGAGAACUGCCCUCGGCCCUGCAAGUACCAUCCUGACCCAGUGGCCCUAGAUCCGAGGUUAACCCGGAACCCAGGCUUUCUCAGGCUUCCGGAGCCCCCUCUUAACCUUUCUCCAGCCACUGGGACGCGCCAGCACCCAGCCGGCUUCUCCACUGGUUGUUCCUGCUAAGGCAAAUGGCCCAAUGCAGCCAGUUCUCCUUAAGCGUGCCCUGCCCAAGAAGCCCCGAUCUCAGGGGAGGAGACCAGGUGCCAAAUAGGGGCACAUUCCAUUUGAGGGAGCAGGAUAGAAGUUGGUACUAGGCCCCCCAGGCUCUGACCUUCUCUCCCAGGAUGAGGUGGGGCCACCAUUUGCCCAGGGCCUCUUGGGGCUCUGGUUUUGGAAGAGCACUCCAGCAACCAGAUGAACAUUUCCCCUUCCUGAUCCACUGGAGUUGGCCCCUUCAAGGGGAGCGUCCCCUUGGGCUCCCUAGGGCCUUUAUACGCCACCAUGGAAGCUCUGCAGACAGCACUCCCCCAUCUUCGAGGCAUGGACGGCUGUUCCCCAGUGCCUCUGCAACUGAAGCUAUCCAGCAGCACCGCCGGAACCUGGCUGAGUGGUUCUGCCGGCUGCCCAGGGAGGAACGCCAGUUUGGCCCGACCUUUGCCCUAGACACGGUCCACGUUGACCCUGUGAUCCGUGAAAGUAACCCUGAUGAGCUACUUCGCCCAUCCUCGGAGUUGGCCCUGGAGCAUCAGCCGCCCCAGGCUGGGCUCCCCCAACUGGCCCUGUCUCAGCUCUUUGACCCAGAUGCCUGUGGGCGCCGGGUGCAGACAGUGGUGCUAUAUGGGACAGUGGGCACAGGCAAGAGCACGCUGGUGCGCAAGAUGGUUCUGGACUGGUGUCAUGGGCGGCUGCCAACCUUCAAGCUGCUCAUCCCCUUCUCCUGUGAGGACCUGUCAUCCCUGGGCCCUGCCCCAGCCUCCUUGUGCCAACUUGUGGCUCAGCGCUACAUGCCCCUGAAGGAGGUUCUGCCCCUGAUGGCCGACACUGGGUCCCGCCUCCUCUUUGUGCUCCAUGGCUUGGAGCAUCUCAACCUUGAUUUCCGGUUGGCAGGCACAGGACUUUGUAGUGACCCUGAGGAACCGGAGGCACCAGCUGCUAUCAUCGUCAACCUGCUGCGCAAAUACAUGCUGCCCGAGGCCAGCAUUCUGGUGACCACUCGGCCUUCUGCCAUCGGCCGCAUCCCCAGCAAGUAUGUGGGACGCUAUGGUGAAAUCUGUGGCUUCUCUGAUACCAACCUGCAGAAGCUCUACUUCCAGCUCCGCCUCAACCAGCCGGACUGCGGGGACGCUGCUGGGGGUGCAGGUGUAUCCGCCACGCCAGCUCAGCGUGACAACCUGGUGCAGAUGCUCUCCCGGAACCUGGAGGGGCACCACCAGAUCGCUGCCGCCUGCUUCCUGCCAUCCUAUUGCUGGCUUGUCUGUGCCACCUUGCACUUCCUGCAUGCCCCCACACCUGCUGGGCAGACCCUUACCAGCAUCUAUACCAGCUUUCUGCGCCUCAACUUCAGUGGGGAAACCCUGGAUAGCACGGACCCCUCCAAUUUGUCCCUGAUGGCCUAUGCAGCCCGAACCAUGGGCAAACUGGCCUACCAGGGGGUGUCCUCCCGAAAGACCUACUUCUCUGAAGAGGAUGUCCGUGGCUGCCUGGAGGCUGGCAUCAAGACGGAGGAAGAGUUUCAGUUGCUGCACAUCUUCCGCCGGGAUGCCCUGAGGUUUUUCCUGGCCCCGUGUGUGGAGCCAGGGCGCGCAGGCACCUUCGUGUUCACCGUGCCCGCCAUGCAGGAAUACCUGGCUGCCCUCUACAUCGUGCUGGGUUUGCACAAGACGACCCUGCAACGGGUGGGCAAGGAAGUGGCCGAGCUUGUGGGCCGUGUCGGGGAGGACGUCAGCCUGGUACUGGGCAUUAUGGCCAAGCUGCUGCCUCUGCAGGCUCUGCCUCUGCUCUUCAACCUGCUCAAGGUGGUUCCGCGAGUGUUUGGGCGCAUGGUGGGUAAAAGCCGGAAGGCGGUGGCCCAGGCCAUGGUGCUGGAGAUGUUCCGAGAGGAGGACUACUACAACGACGAUGUUCUAGACCAGAUGGGCGCCAGUAUCUUGGGCGUGGAGGGCCCCCGGCGCCACCCGGAUGAGCCCCCUGAGGAUGAAGUCUUCGAGCUUUUCCCCAUGUUCAUGGGGGGACUCCUCUCUGCCCAUAACCGAGCUGUGCUAGCUCAACUUGGCUGCCCUAUCAAGAACCUGGAUGCCCUGGAGAAUGCCCAGGCCAUCAAGAAGAAGCUGGGCAAGCUGGGCCGGAAGGUGCUGCCCCCCUCGGAGCUCCUUGACCACCUCUUCUUCCACUACGAGUUCCAGAACCAGCGCUUCUCCGCUGAGGUGCUCAGCUCCCUGCGCCAGCUCAAUCUGGCAGGUGUGCGCAUGACACCCGUCAAGUGCACAGUGGUAGCGGCUGUGCUGGGCAGCGGAAGGCAUGCCCUGGAUGAGGUGAACUUGGCCUCCUGCCAGCUAGACCCUGCCGGGCUGCGCACACUCAUGCCUGUCUUCCUGCGUACCCGGAAGCUGGGCUUGCAACUCAACAGCCUGGGCCCCGAGGCCUGCAAGGACCUCCGAAACCUGCUGCUGCAUGACCAGUGCCAAAUUACCACACUGCGGCUGUCCAACAACCCGCUGACAGCGGCAGGUGUUGCCCUGCUGAUGGAGGGGCUGGCAGGAAACACCUCAGUGACGCACCUGUCUCUGCUGCACACGGGACUUGGGGACGAGGGUCUGGAGCUGCUGGCUGCCCAGCUGGACCGCAACCGGCAGCUGCAGGAGCUGAAUGUGGCCUACAACGGUGCUGGUGACACGGCAGCCCUGGCCCUGGCCAGAGCUGCCCGGGAGCACCCUUCCCUGGAACUGCUGCACCUCUACUUCAAUGAGCUGAGCUCAGAGGGCCGCCAGGUCUUGCGGGACUUAGCGGGUGCUGCUGAAGGCCGUGCCCGGGUGGUGGCGUCACUGACAGAGGGGACGGCAGUGUCAGAAUACUGGUCAGUGAUCCUCAAUGAAGUCCAGCGGAACCUCAACAGCUGGGAUCGGGCCCGGGUCCAGCGCCAUCUUGAGCUCCUACUGCGGGAUCUGGAAGAUAGCCGGUGUGCCACCCUUAAUCCUUGGCGCAAGGCCCAGCUGCUGCGAGUGGAGGGCGAGGUCAGGGCCCUCCUGGAGCGGCUGGGAGGCUCUGGAAGCUGAGACACUGGUGGCAGGCACCUAGCUUUGUGACCACUGACCCUAAACCUCUUCCCUCUGUGGGCUCCUGGCUUGCACUGCUCCUUCUAGAAAGCUCUCUUCAGGUCUGGAGGCAAAGGAAUGGGCACAGCUGUGCCAGUUGCCCUCCUGGGGCAUGUUCAACCAGGUCUGAGUCUGGAAUCACCAAGUUAAAGAAGAUAAAUCAAUGCUUUGGGCUGGGCGCGGUGGCUC